GGCUACUUGGGCGCAGGUGUUAUUAUUAUUCUUUGAGGACGAUCUUGUGUUACGAAUUAGUGAAUUUACACCCCGCAAUCCCUGCCCAUGAACAUGGCUACAGUUGGUCAGGCAUAAAAUCACGAGCAGUUCUGGCUGCAGGUAGUUCCCACGGACUAUUUCUUUAUCCAUCCUAUUAUCAGCCAUCGAAACUAUCUAUUCGGUUUGAGUCGUCAUGAGCAACAUGCCCGAGAUCUCGUGGCCCCCGAAAUCCCCGAAAGACGCUCUUCUGAGCUCACCGAACGGUCGAAAACGUUUUGAAGAGUUGCAGCGCCGUCGACAAGCUCUAGCCUCGCCCUCUAAACGCCCCGUCGCUGCUACCCCGACCUCCAAAUCCAAAGCGAAUCGACUCUUAGCCGACGGCAUGAGCGACAACGAAGAGGAAGAGGAGGACGAGGAGGUGCUACAAUUGAAACUUGCUGCUAUUGAGGCGCGCCUGAAACUCAAACAACUUCAGAAGAGCAGGGGGAAACCGUCCGACGAUGACGAUGCGCUUCCUCGACCAGCGUCGGCGCGAUCCCAAGACCGGACUUCAAGACUCGGGGCGAUGUCUCCUCCGCCACCGAGAAGUAAGUCGCAAUUGGAUGAUGUGCAGGUCCCAUUGUCGCCUACAAGACGCCCUGUUGCUCCAACGGAACCCGCAUCGCCGCGACGAGUCGUUCUCGGAAUUGACAAGGGUCUCAAGGGCCACGACGUUUCCUUGAAGCGACCAUCCAGCGCGAAGACUGGCAGCCGUCCGACAAGCAGGUUUGGGGCUCGAGACGGUGCUGUGUCGCGUACUGGAUCCGACUUUGGAUCACGACCGCAGUCGUCCGCGUCGAGUGAUAGUGUCAAACGGCCAAAGAGCUUCAGCGAACGAAUAGCGGAGAGCAGGAAUGUAGAGAAGGCCCGAAUGGAAAAGUCAGAACGGGCUGAGAGGAUUCAAGCCAAUCGAAGCUCUGGGUUCCAAUUUGACAAGGCAGAGGUGGAGAGUUUCAAAGCCGCGGCGGCUGAGACAAGGACCGAUGCUCCGCCAAAAUCACCCACGAGAAGUCGACCAGCAGAAAGCUUUAGUCGCGACGACGUUCUGCGGUCAUACAAUGGUCUCCAACCUUCGGGUCGGAAACGAAGUCAAACUGCUCCUAGCAGGGAAAGCGCCAUCGCGAACCAAACCGGGCCUUACCUUCACAGACGAAGCAACAAAUCGGAAAUAGAAUCCGCUCGACCUCAUAGCUCUCAGGAUACUACCGCAGACGAAGAAACCGCUUUGGAAAAGACACCUGACUCGUCCAAAUUCGAACCCUACUCGAAACUACAUCUAUCGAACCGUAUUCUACCUCACUCCUUCUUAACCCGAAACCUUUCAAAUAAGAAAGUCCUCCGCAUUCCUGACCUCCUCCGAAUAAUCAGGGCCCCAGACUUCCAACUACCCGAAGACAUUGACAGCGAUUGGGUUGUGUUUGGCAUAGUUGCCUCAAAAUCAGAGCCAAAAGAGAUCAAAGGAACCGUACCUGUUACAAAGGAUGCUGAUCCAUUCGAUGACGGUCUGAAUAAUACCAAGAGGUACAUGGCCAUAACCCUCACUGACCUGACGUGGUCAAUCGAUCUUUUCCUUUUCGACACGGCUUUCCCACGAUACUACCGACUUUCUGAAGGUGCCCUCAUUGCUAUUCUAAACCCUAAUAUUAUGCCGCCCCCGAAAGGCAAAAUUGAUACCAAUCGAUUCAGUUUGUCGAUUACCUCAUCUGAUGACAAAGUCCUGGAGAUUGGGUUCGCAAAGGAUAUAGCCUACUGCAAAGCUGUCAAGAAGGACGGCAACCCCUGUCAAUCCUGGGUAGACGGUCGUAAGACAGAGUUCUGCGAGUUCCACGUCGACCUCCAAGUUCGCCGUACACAAGCCGGACGAAUGGGCGUGAACAACGGAACAGGCAUGCUCGGGCCAGGCGGACGUUCAGGUCAACGAACUGGCUUCUUUGGCGGCAGCAAGAGACCAAACAACAACCAGAAUGGAUUGAAGCCAGAUGGUGCUCGUUAUGACUGGGGCUCUCAGUCAGUUUACUACGUCGCACCAGGGCGGAAGACAGGCGGCGGUGGCGGUGGUAGUUCUUUCUACCCAGGCCCUGUUGGUCAAUCAGCAGCGCGUCUGAUCGAUGCAGAUGACGAGGACCCAUUCAUCGCCGCAGGCAUGAUGGGCCGUGGUUCGGAGAGCAAGGAAGAACGUCUCCGCAAGCGUUUAGCAAACCAGCAACGCGAACGAGACAUUGCACAGAAACUCAUCACUAAUAACGACGGCGGAGUCGGCGCGGAGUAUCUACGAGCUCGAACCGACACGCCUGAUAAGAACCAGGAGAAUCUCAAACCAUCGACGCCAUCAACUUCCAGCGCUGCGGCCACUCUUGGCUUGACCGGUUUUCGGAAGGCGAGUACUGUCAAGUUGAGUCCGCUGAAACGGGCUAAUGAUAAACCGCAUGGUAGUGGUGUUAAGAAGACGCGGUUUAUUACUACCAAGGGGAUUAGGGAGGCUGGUCGGGAUAGUCUUGCGGGGCCGUCAGAUGCGUUGGCCAAGGCUAGCAAUAAUGAUGAAGAUGAUGACGAUGAUGAGUUGGAUAUCGUCUAGGUCUAGAUCAUUUGCAAUAUACCCAUUCUUUUUAGCCUAAUUUUGUCUUCUGGUUCUUAUCUCAGUUUCUGUCUUCGCUGCAUCAGGAGUGCAAAAGGUUCUAUACUUAUCUUCCAAUCACUUAGCUGUAUAGGCAAGAUAA